AUGUCAGUGAGCUUCGAUUUGAAAGGUUCCGCAUGGGCCGCCCAGAUGCAGCAAGACUGCCCAAACGAAGCCGCAGAAUACUGGUCAAAGCUUGAGUUGUAUUCCAAGAAGAAAUUGUGGCAUCAGAUGAGCCAGACGAUCUUGGAGUUUAUGGAGAAGCCGUUCUUUACUUGCUCCGCUUUGAAUUUCUAUGAGCAGUUUGUUUCCGAAUAUGAAUCAAAGAUGAAAAAGCUCUCCCUCGUCGAAGUCAUCCAGCGCGCCGUCGCGAAUAUUUCCGAACUUGAAGAUGCUGAAAAAUUCCUCGAAAAGGCUGGAUCCAAAGUUUCUGCCUGCCAGAUGAGCACGAUUUUGAUCAAAGUUAUUUUGGGCGCAACUAUUUUGCGAAUCAAUGAUGACAGAAAAAAGGUCAAGGAAAUUAUCGAAGAAGUCGAGAAAGAAAUCGAUGGUCUUGGAAUUGUCCCUCAGGUUCACAGUCGAUUCUACGAGCUCGCUUCCAAACUUUAUCAAAUUGAAGCCAACCACGGACUUUACUACAAAAACUCGCUCAAAUACCUUGGAGUCGCAGAUGUGAAAUCACUUUCGGCUGAAGAAAAACAGGAAAAAGCCUUUUCUAUUGGCAUUUCCGCCCUUUUAGCUUCAGAUGUGUACAACACGGGCGAACUUCUUCAGCACGAUAUCCUUGCCUCUCUUCAAAACACUCCAAACUCAUGGCUCGUUGAUCUCCUUCAAGCGUUCAAUUCUGGCGAUAUUAAUUUGUUCCAGUCCACUGCCUCCCAGUGGCAAACACAAGCUGAUCUCAAGGCGGCUAGUCAAAAACUCUACGAAAAAAUGUGUCUCAUGUGCUUGAUGGAAAUGACUUUUGUCCGACCUGCAAACGACCGUGCCCUUUCCUUCGCUGAAAUCGCUGAGAAAACAAAUCUUGCCAAGUCUGAUGUAGAAAGUCUCAUCAUCCGCGCGUUAUCGCUCAAUCUUGUCAAAGGAACCAUCGAUGAGGUGGACGAAAAAGUGCAUAUGACCUGGGUGCAACCUAGAGUACUCUCCGUUGAUCAGAUCGACAGAAUGCGCCACAGAAUCAGCGACUGGGUCAAGGAAGUCGCCGAAACAGAGAAAAUGAUGGAAGAAAAGGCUCGCCCCAUCCUCUCGCACUAA